GGGUGUUCUCUCAGUACUAUCGCAGCCAUCGUGGAGGAGUAUCUACCCCGAAUCCUGUUCACACAAAAUGACCCUGGAUCUCUCCGUAUACCUGGUCACGGACUCGACCCCCGCCAUCCUCAAGGGUCGCAAUCUGUGUACGGUCGUCGAGGCAGCUCUGAAAGGAGGUGUGACGAUUGUCCAGUACAGAGACAAGAAAAGUGACACAGGCGCCCAAAUCGAGACGGCCAAGAAGCUGCACCAGAUCACCAAGGCGUAUGGCGUACCUCUGCUGAUCAACGACCGUGUUGAUGUCGCUCUUGCUGUUGGCGCAGAGGGAGUCCAUCUGGGACAAGAUGACAUGGCUAUCGAAAUGGCGAAGAAGCUUCUCCCCGAGAACGCUAUAAUUGGCAUCAGUGCCUCUUCCAUCGAGGAAGCGCAAAAGGCAGUCGCUGCAGGUGCCGACUACCUUGGGAUUGGCACCAUGUUUGCCACUCCGACGAAAACCAACACCAAGUCCAUCAUCGGUACUGCCGGAACCCAAGCCAUCCUCGAGGCCAUCUCAGACUCGGGUCGUUCGGUUGGCACCGUCUCCAUUGGUGGAAUCAACACAUCCAAUGUUCAGCGGGUUCUCUACCAGUCCCGGGCUCCUAAAAAAACCCUGGAUGGCGUCGCGAUCGUCAGCGCUAUCAUGGCUGCAGACGACCCGACGGCAGCCGCCGCCGAGUUUGCGAAACUCAUCUCCAGCCCUCCACCUUUUGUGCGGAGCGAGGCGACGGCCGUCCGUGACACCACAGCGUUGCUCGAACAGGUGCCUAAGGUUGUCCAAGAGGUUGUCAAGGGCCAUCCGCUGGUGCACAACAUGAUCAACUACGUUGUAGCGAACUUUGUCGCCAAUGUUGCUCUUUCCAUGGGGGCAUCACCGAUCAUGUCACCGUACGGAGACGAAGCUGUCGAUCUCUGCCAGUUCGACGGUGCGCUGGUCAUCAACAUGGGCACCCUCACGAGCGAGAGCAUUCCGAACUAUCUAAAAGCCCUCAAGGCCUACAAUGUACGCGGGAAUCCCGUGGUGUACGACCCGGUUGGCGCCGCCGCUACCGGGAUCCGCCGUGGUGCUGUCACCCAGCUCAUGGCUGGCGGUUACUUUGAUCUCAUCAAAGGCAACGAAGGAGAGAUUCGUCAGGUGUUUGGCAGCAGCGGCGUAACGCAGCGCGGCGUCGACAGCGGGCCAAGCAGUCUGGACAGUCAAGGAAAGGCCAGGUUGGCGCGCGAUCUUGCCAAGAGAGAGCACAACAUUGUUCUCCUUACUGGUGCCAUUGACUACCUCAGCGACGGAGAGCGCGUAGUUGCAAUCGAAAACGGCCACGAAUUCCUCGGACAAGUCACCGGCACUGGUUGUGCCGUGGGCACUGUCUCCGGGGCUUUCUUGACUACACACCCGAAAGACAAAUUCGUUGCUGUCUUAGCCGGUCUGUUGAUGUACGAGAUUGCUGCGGAGAAUGCGGCUUCGAAGGAGUAUGUGCGGGGACCGGGCAGCUUUGUGCCUGCGUUCUUGGACGAGGUGUAUGCGAUCCGACAGGCGGCUUUAAAAGGCGACCACAGCUGGUUUGAGGGACGGGCGAAGGUGCAGGAGAUUCUUGUAUAACCGAUAGACUUGUACAUAAAAGUUUGGAUGAAACAUUCUAGAAAGAACAUCGUCUCUCAAAG